GCAGCUCAGUGACGGGGCGCGAGCUCGCGAGCGAGCGCGGAGGAGGCCGGGGCCUGAUCCGGAGCGCGCGCCGCUGCCCAGCCCGGCCGCGCCGGCCCCGCAGAUGGUGGCUCCGCGGCCCGCGCCCGCCCGGGGCCCUGCGCUCCUCCUCCUCCUCCUCCUGCCGGCCGCCGUGCGCAGCCAGGAACAGGACCAGACCACCGACUGGAGGGCCACCCUCAAGACCAUCCGCAAUGGCAUCCACAAGAUAGACACGUACCUCAACGCCGCGCUGGACCUGCUGGGCGGAGAGGACGGGCUCUGCCAGUACAAGUGCAGCGACGGAUCGAAGCCUGUUCCACGCUAUGGAUAUAAACCAUCUCCACCAAAUGGCUGUGGCUCUCCACUGUUUGGAGUUCAUCUGAACAUUGGCAUCCCUUCCCUGACCAAGUGCUGCAACCAGCACGACAGAUGCUACGAGACCUGUGGGGAAAGCAAGAACGACUGUGACGAGGAGUUCCAGCAUUGCCUCUCCAAGAUCUGCAGAGACGUGCAGAAGACGCUCGGACUAGCUCAGAACGUCCAGGCAUGUGAAACAACGGUGGAGCUCCUCUUUGACAGCGUCAUCCAUUUAGGCUGCAAGCCGUACCUGGACAGCCAGCGGGCUGCAUGCUGGUGUCGUUAUCAAGAGAAAACAGAUCUGUAAAGCCCCUGACUGCUGGAGAGCAGAUGAGAAUGGAGGACCGUCCUUGCCAAAGAUCCGAUGCUUUCACAGCCUAAUGCUGCCUUCGUUUUGUGACGAUGGGUCAUUCUGAGACCUUCCUAGACUGUGUCUUGAUUUUAAAACCUCAAAGUGAAAAUGGUGGGGGGCUGGGCAGAAGCAGAGGGAGAGCAUGCUAGGGACGGGGAGCGAGCAGGACAUCCAAGAGCAUGCCUUCCUGGGACUUGCUGUCUCGGUGGCUCCCCCAAACUGGGAAGAAAAGCUUAAGCCCAUGUGACUUGGUUUUCAUAGCUGUACUUAACAAUAAAAAUGAAAGCAAAUGUAAAAUUCACUUUAAGGACUUUUUAGCAUUAUUUUAUUUUGAAAUACAGGCCAAUCUUCCCUUAGAACUAUUAUUUAUUUUAAAAUUUCAAAUGUACAUUUAUACCUGGAAAAACUAUUAUUUCUCCAUUUUAAUUAUACAUAACGUGUUGUUUCUCCGAAGCCCUCUAAGAUAGGUAUAAAUAUGUUACUCACAACCACAGGGUUUCCAAGCGUGCAUCUCUAGUACAGUUGGAAUCACCGGUUGAUACUUCUCUCGAGAGACAACCCAGGACUUGUGAGUAUUGUGAUGUGAACAAUAUUCAGAAGCCCAGUACUCCUGUUUCACAAACUGCUUAGAGCAAAUGUCAUUCCUCUUUUGCUGUGAGCUCUAGGAAUGACGGGUUUAAUGAGCCAAGUCCUUAUGUGUGCACUAUAUGCCACCAAGUUUGUGGUUACUCCCUAAUCCCCAUUUCUCAUCUUCUAUUUUGGAGUAGUGUUAAAAGUCUUGAUGUUUUCUAAUGGAGGUCUUAAUAAAAGCUAUUUACUUCUU